ACAACCCAACCCGUCUCAAGAAAAAGAUCACGAGAUCUCAAGCUAGCAUUUGAUUCCUCCCCAUUCUUUUGUUCUUGCUGCUCUUUGUCAUUGUCUACUCAUUUUCUGCACUUGGAGGCUCGAAGAUGGCCACUUCAGCCACACUUCACUCCUACAUGGCAGGCGUCAUGCCACGUGUUGGCUCCAAGAGCCGCUCUACGGGCCUUCGUUCCACUUAUUUACUGCCAUGUCAGCGUCCCAUGCGCAUUCGCUGCCAAGCUGAGGAUCAGCCGCAGAAGCAAUCUGCACCUGUCACACCUCCACCACAGCCGGCUCAGGCCCCUACUCCAAAGCCGAAGGCCAAGGAGAGCACAAAAUUUUCGGACAUGCUAGCAUUUAGCGGGCCAGCACCAGAGAGGAUCAAUGGAAGGUUGGCAAUGGUUGGUUUUGUCUCAGCCUUGGCAGUUGAGUUGGCGAAGGGCGACGAUCUUGCAGCUCAGCUAAUGAAUGGUGGCUUGCCAUGGUUUGCGGGCACUGCAGCCUUGUUGUCAGUGGCCUCUCUGGUGCCAUUGUUCAAGGGUGUAAGUGCACAAUCUCAGUCCGGUGGCCUGAUGACCGCCGACGCAGAGCUGUGGAAUGGCCGGUUCGCCAUGCUGGGCUUGGUGGCACUAGCUUUCACUGAAUACUUGAAGGGAGGCCCUCUUGUGUAAAGGACUUCUCAUUGGUUCAUGAUUAGCUCUUUGAUGUAUCUAGAAAUGCAAGCAAUAUUAUACAAGUUAGCAUGGUAGAUUUCAAAUGUUUAUACUGGGACAAA